CAACGAACCAAAUAUUCGGACGCCUGACGCCCAGGAAGCCCGGACCAAACCUCCCAAAUUCCCGCAGACCCGAGACAGCUGAGGUCCCCAUGUUCUAAGCGUUGUUGUUUUUUUACUUUGUAACAAUGUGUGUGAUUUUAUUAACGGGUAUUUGAGUCGAUAAUGCUGGAUGGUCGGUGUCAUGCGGUUCACAUGGGAUAUUUACAGGCUAUUGGGGCUUGGGAGCGAAGCCCCCAAUGCCCAGCGCCAGGAGGAGAUGGAGUGUGGAGCAGCGACCCCUGACCCCACCAAUGAUGUCACACUGUCCCAGGAACAGGACAUCAGUGGAGAGGACAGUCUGAGUGAGGAGGAGAAAGCCAAACGCAGAGCGGAGCGACGCAGAGCCAAGAGAAAGCGUCGACGGGAGCGCAAGAAGCUGGAGCAGGUGAAGAAGCCUGAGAGCACUGAGCAGGACGCUGAAGAUGAUGAUGAUGAUGAUGAUGGUGAAUCGGAGGAGGAGGAAGCAGAGGAGAGCGAUUCUGAGGAGGUAGAAGAAAAAGAGGAUGGUGCAGCUCUUCCUCUUCCUCCCCCCAUCCAUCGCUCCAAGGAGCCCCCCGCCCCAUCUCCAGCCCCCUCAGGGACUAAAGGACCCCAGAAGACCGCUGCACGACCCUCUGAAGAGGAACCGGAGUGGGAUGUGAGCAGUGCGUUCUUUGCCAACGCUGCUAGCCACAUCAGGCCAAAAGGCUGGACCAAACCUGGGCGCAAGUCCAAAGAGAACAAGGAGAACGAGGGCAGAACCACAGAGGUGAAUGGAACAGAUGCUGUGACUAAGAGAAGCGCCUCGUUGACAGAAAAAGGGAUCAAGCUGGUGCAGGAGGGCCAGUAUUCUCAGGCCAUCAUUAUGUUUACAGAAGCCAUCAGAUACGACCCAAAGGAUUACAGGUUCUUUGGGAACCGGUCGUACUGCUAUAGCUGUUUGGAGCAGUACCCCCAGGCGUUGUCUGAUGCUGAGAGGUCCAUCCAGCUUGCACCUGACUGGCCUAAAGGAUACUUCCGCAAGGGCAGCGCACUCAUUGGGAUGAAGCGGUACAGUGAGGCGGAGAAAGCCAUGGAACAGGUGCUGAAGCUGGAUAAAGACUGUGAGGAGGCUGUCAACGAUCUCUUCAACUGCAAAGUCUUACAGCUAAUGGAUCUGGGUUUUGAGGAGGUGCAGAGUGUGUUGCUGCUGGAGCGAUUCACCACUCUACAGGCUGUGCUGACCUCACCUGAGGCUUCUAGUGUGGUGAGCCAGGAUUCCUCAUUGGGCUUGCCAGGGUCCCCUUGUGCGUCUCUCUGGGUGGGGAACGUGACCUCUGAGCUGACUGAGAAACACCUAUUGGACCUCUUUAAAACCUACGGGGAGAUAGACAGCAUACGAGUUCUCCACGAGCGGUUCUGUGCCUUCGUCAACUUCAAGAACGCCAACAUGGCAUCGCGGGCCAUGGAGAAACUCCACGGCUACAGUAUAGAGAACACAAGGUUGGUGGUUCGCUACCCAGACCAUCGCACCCAGAGGGCUCUACCCAUCCCCCUCAAGACCAGCCCCCUCGCAUUGCAACAGGCAGCUGCUGGUCCCAGACGUUGUGGCCCAGUGAACGGAGAUGAGUGCUACUUCUGGAGGACCACCGGUUGCCAUUUUGGGGACAAGUGUCGCUACAAACACAUUCUUGAACAGAGAGGCAAAGACCGGAAGCCCUGGCAGCCCUGAGCACAGUUUCAAAUCAAAUCAAAUUUUAUUUGUCACAUGCACCCAAUACAACUGGUGAAGACUUUACCGUGACACUUUUCCUCCUCAAUUCUGGCCUUUUAUUGAAACUGGGACCCCAUUAUGGACACUGACUGAGCCGAUGGACUCGAUAUUAAAUGGACCGUGUUCUCCCCCCAAAGGACAACAGUAGGACUGUUGUUGUGAUGGAGGACAAUAUUCAGACUAAUAAAAUGGAGGACACCAUAAUGAGUGCUUUAACAUAAGAGAGCAUUAGGACUGUAAUAAUGGACCAGAAGACAUCAACAGUCCCCCUUGACCACAGCUGGGCCUUUAGCCUCUGCAUGGGAACGAACCUCAACACCUUGAAGCCUUAAAACCUUACUAGCCCUAUGGCUGGCAUCAGUUAGCCCUAUGGCUAGCAUCAGUUAGCCCUACAGCUGGCAUCAGUUAGCCCUACGGCUGGCAUCAGUUAGCCCUAUGGCUGGCAUCAGUACUACUGCUGUCUGGGGUUUGUGGCCUAGGUAACUGGGCUCUCCUCUCAUCUCCCAUCCAUGUCUCUCUCUUCCCAUGCCAAUACCACCAGACCAGAACGGACCAGGCCCUCCACACCAAAGGAGAACCAAUAACCACAAAGACCACCACUCCAAAGACCCAGCAGCCAUCCAGCCUGCAGCAGAUUCACCCUGACGUUUCAGUUCCUCCCUAAGAAAGAGGUGCCUCCUUUCCACUCUCCCUUGGUGCCAAGCAACCUGCCUCCUAAAAUGGUAAUGUUAGUUAGGCACCAAAUGGAAUAAAACAGACUGAAACAGAUCGGGACUACCUGGAUUUCUCCAAUAAGAAACAUUCAUUUUCCUUUGGCAAAAAUGUUCAAAUGUUUUCCUUGUCAUGCCCUAAAGAACAUGUUCCAGGGCUUGCGCUACACUGGGCUAUUGGCCUUAGCUAUGUGGGCCAUUGCAAUGUGCCUUCGCCCAUAGUGAAGAUCUCAGUUAAAAGAGAGUGAGUGGAGCAGAAAGGUGUACCACCAACUUAACAGAACCUUGUUUUUCAAUGUAUUAAUCCAUGUUUCAUUUUACCACUACCAGAUGGCCAACAGCUUAAAUGCACACUCCACAUCUGUUUGGGCGAUUUUGACACAGAACUGACUCCAACUUUUUUCUAUAUGUUUGUUUCAAGUUUAGUUCGCCAGCCCUUAAGAUAUCUGGGAAAUAAGCACCUUGUUUGUCAAAUGAACCAAGUAUGUUACUUGUUCUCUGUUUCCAUCUACCCUCUCUAGACCCUGCACCCUCUCUGUGUGUCCUAUUACGGGACACUCACUGAAUGUCUGUAGGCAAGACCAAAGCUUGAGGGUCCAUCUCAGCAGUUUAAAGUGGCUAGUUGAAGCUAUGUAAGACAAAGCUAGCUGCAUCUUUUGUUUAAAUCUUUCUGAUUUUACUAAUGGUAGUUAUUGGAGGUUGGUUUCCAGGAAUGGGUUCAACACUUUGCAGUAAAGCCCUCUUCUCACACUAUCGUCUGUCCCUACAGCGUUAGGCUGUCAUUCUCUUUCCCCGUGACACCCAACACUGUAGAGGAGAUGCUUUGGACACGGAAGUGCCCAAACUACACCGUAUUUCCCUUUUUUGUGUUCCAUCUUCAGAUUCUCACCGUUCUGUAGACAUGAGGCUUCCAUGUCAGUAUUUAGUCUGAACCAAAGAAUGGUUGUAGCCAACCAAAUGCUGUCUGCACUGGUAAUACGUGGAAGCGGUUUCUUUAUUCUGCCACUUAAGGCUUGAAACGCAAUGGGACAGUUUACUGGACCCAGAUUAAGCGUAGUGAUUAACUAAAAAGCACUUUUUAAUGGAGAGUUUCAAUUGAGCUUUUUAGUUCAGGAUUUGCCUUAAUCUGGAUAUGGGAAACUGCUCCAAGAUCCAGUGAAUCACAACAAGCCUCUCAUGGUGGGGUGAGGAACUGUAGCUGCCACUAAAAAUGAGAAUUCUUCACCACAAAGUCCUUUUUCUUAGUCCACACUACUCUAUAUCUCAAACUGUGUACAGACAGGUGCUGGCUAUUUAUUUCCGUAUUUAUAUGUAUAUUUUCUUUACCUGUGAGACCAUUGUGGUUGGUUGGUUUACGAUUAAAAUUCAAAUGAUUACUCACCAGACGCUAAAACAUUCUGGGACGUUUUCUUUAUUGUAUUUUUUUGUAGAGAUUCUCCAUUGAAAGUGAUUUUUUAGUCCAGGACUUAGGUUAGUCUGGGAAACAGCCCUGUUUGUUUAGUAACUGUCUGAGAUAAAUAAUUGUUAUUAAAUGUGGUGGGGAGGUUCUGCUUUUCUGUGGUUGCUGGUUUCCGGCCUCGUAGAGAUUGGUCAAAAAAUUCAUAUUGGGAUAAAGUCCCAUGAGAAACCACUAUAAUAUUAUCUUUAAACGACUCACAUAAGUGUAUUUUCUUAGUUCAAUGACCCCAAGUACACAGUAUUCCCUAAUUUGGGCCAAUGCAUGUUUUAUAAGUUUGAUAGAAAGGAAUAAUAAAGUAUUUCUGUGUGAAGCCCACUUUUUUCGUUUGGCACGUGUGAUUUUUAGUACGAAUCCAUUUAUCUCGUGUCACAAUUUCAGGAGAAAGUGUUUUUGGGUCGUACAUAGUCAUAAAAAAUGUGUAACUCAAGCACUGUAAUCUCUGUUCAUUCUAAAUCUACCAAAUAUUUUAAAUGUGUGAAAGUAUUCUGCACUGCCAGAGUCCUUUUGUACAUAAUAUAUUCAUUCAAAUAA